UGAACUGGUUCUAUUUCGCACACAGGUUGAAAAGUAAUGGCAACCUUGUCAGCUGUCAAGCCACCAACUAAAUUAGGACGGGGUCGUCAAAAUUUCUAAUAGUGCUAUUUGCAGUAAAUGUAAAACGAAAUUAAAAAGAACACAAUAAUAAAUAAAUGAAGUGAACUGGACGCUUUUAAAGCUCCUCAACAAAACACAUUAAUUAGCUUACGAUCUGAAAGGUUGAAACACAAAGGAAGACUAAGCAAAGGCACACUACGGCGCUAAAAACUGCAUUAGUAUGUCCAAUCUAUCCGUGUCCCAGAUAAUAAUGGAUGCGCAGCGCAUGGCCAGCCGAGUAAAAGACUUGGAUGCAUUGGGCACUGCGCUGCUGGAGGAGGCGGAAACCAACAAUCGAUUGGUAGAAAGUCUGCGUCAGUAUCAGGACGAUAUUGAAUCCCUUAAUCGUAUUUCAAACAACAAGACCAAUGCGGAUAUGGUAAAUCGCAUACAGCAGCAAAAUGUAAACAGCUCCGAAAUUCUGAAAGAGAACCGAGAGCUCAAGAUUUGUAUUGAGGACUAUGAGCGUGCGAUGGAGCUGAUGAUGCAAAAGUACCGCGAACAUACAGUAACCAAGGUGCUGGAUAGCAAAAUCAACUUCAAAGAGCUGUACAACGAACGCCUAUGGCGCGUGAUAUGCGAACAGCGCGAAAAAAUUAACGAAAUGGCCGCUGUAAUGCAGCGCGCUGCCAAUGCAGACGACGACUUGGUACAGCGAGAGCUUAAAACCAUAUCCCAGUUGCGCAUGGAAAACGAAGCUUUGCGCGAGCUACUGCAAAUAUCCAAGCAGUAUGGCUCCGCCUACCGCCCCAUACGGGAGACUGAUCAUGUUCUUGAAGAGAAGGCCGUACAAACAGACAGUACGACAGAUGAUUCGGCCGAUGAUUUGUCUAUAUCGGGCGCAUCCGUUGAGAAUAUGAACAAUAAUUCAGUCAUACAGGUAUUUAGCGGCACGGAAUUGAAUAGGAGCAGCAACAAUUUCACAAUCACUGCCCCAGAAACUGCUCCAAUUGCUGUUGAUUUUGUUGCCUCUGCUGAUGUGGAGCAAAGUAAUUUAAAUGUAAAUAAUAAUGAACCUGCAGCACAAAGCUCGCCCGACAGUGGCAACAAGCUAAUCACAUCUACGGAACCUGUGGGACAGAAUUCUGUCAAGGAUGUUGAACCCCCAUCGCUGACUGGUGCUGCAAUUGUUGGUGCUACUGCAACAUGAUAGGGCUGGUGUCUAACGUUUCCCUCAUCAUCAUGAUCAUAUUAUUGUUAUUUCAUCUGCAUAUGUCUGUCAUUAAACAAAAUGCCUAUUUUUUUUCUGUGUAACACAUUAAACAUACACACAUAUACAUAUAUACAUCAAACCAUACAUUCAAACAUGAAUAUACUCUGCAUUAGUACAUAGCGACUACAAAUCUCUAAGUAAUUUAUACAUAUGCAACUAAUCUUUAUAAAUAAAAAUUCACUGUCAAAGCUGCAGCUGAAGACAAUAUAACAUGAACACAUUCACACAAACUUUCUAAAUAAUAUACUCUGUCGAUUUUAUGAUUUUUGAAUAAAUUUCAUAAUAUUACAA